AUGCAAGGGGUCUUUGGCUACUCGAGGGGGAAGGUUAGAAUAACACAUGCAUCGCAGUCAUGCCCAAAGGGACAAUGGCCCUUUCAACAGAGUCAUAGGUCAUCUCUUCUUAGACUAAGACUGCAAAAGUCAGCCAUUCUUCCCGAUGAGCACCCCAAGAAAUAUUUCCUCAAAAUACAUAUCCACAUAGUGUGGAACAGGCAAGACUGUCAUGCCAUUGCCUCAGGCGAAUUUCACUCCGCAUCCGCCAUCGACACGGUCGUCCCUGGGUUCUGCAUGAAGCCGGUUGGAAGCGGCCAGUAUCCCAUCAACGUGGAAACCCGCAACUCUAUUUCCCAGGAUAUGGAUUUCUCCAGGCGCAUCAUCACAAGAGUAGAUCCUCGCCGAAUGGAAUGCUUGGAUUUCAACAUCCACUACGAUCGGGAAAUUAGAACGUACAGUGAGAUGGAACCUCGCUGGCCGGAUGCUUUCGCACACCAGCUCAAGGACAGCGUUUCCAUCAGGAAGUAG